AUGGCACCCCGCGCAACAAAACGAAAAGCUAGCGCUGCUCCUGCAGCUACCGCAAACGGGGACAAGAAGGCCAGGACGACGACGGCAUACGAUCGUGAGCUUCGGGAACCACACCACGCAGCUGAUGUCACCGAAAAGCACGGAAUCGUCCUCCGAGAUUACUACCCGCCAGAGAUGAGCAACACCAGAGCGCGCGCCUAUGCUGAAGAGGCGCUCCAUCGUCCAAUGGAGAACUUGGUGAAAGCCCAGCGGGAGACGGCGGAGGCGAUGAAGAAUGCCGCCAACGGCGAAGCUGUUGCUCACUGGUUUAAGAGUGACUUGCGCUGCGCUGACAACACCUCGCUUGCUCUGGCGGCUCAAAAGGCAAAGGAAAUGAGUGUUCCGCUGCUCUGCUUCUACCUGCUCAGUCCCCAGGAUCUCGAGGCUCAUCUCAGGGCGCCAGUGCGAGUUGACUUCAUUCUUCGCACCCUGCAAGUACUAAAAGAUGACCUGGCCAAACUGGACAUUCCUCUAUACAUCGAGACGGUGGAAGAGCGCGCCAAGAUACCUGCUCGCGUGCUCGAGCUGCUCGAUUCUUGGGGCUGCAACCACCUAUGCACGAACCUGGAGUAUGAAGUCGAUGAGCUGCGUCGCGAGACCAAGCUCCUACACCUUUUCGCCGAAAAGAACAAGUCGUUCGAGGCCAUCCACGAUACGUGUGUGGUUCCCCCGGGCCAGCUUCGUAGCGGCUCGGGCAACCAGUACGCCGUGUACACGCCCUGGUAUCGCUCCUGGAUGGCUCACAUUCACUCGAAUCUUGAAUUGCUGGAGCUACACGAUGCUCCGCCCAACAAUCCUGCAUCCGCACGAAACAGGUUCCAGAAACUGUUCGACUCCAAGAUUCCAGCGGCACCCAAGGGCAAGGAACUGUCAGCAGAAGAGAAAACCCGGUUCAACUCCCUGUGGCCGUGCGGCGAGCAUGAGGCCAAGGCCCGCCUGGACAAGUUCUGCGAGGAGCGCAUUGGCGAAUAUAGCGAUCAGAGGAACUUGCCGAGUCAAGACGGCACGUCGAGCCUCUCUGUGCACUUGGCCAGCGGCACGAUCAGUGCUCGAACCUGCGUGCGUACCGCAAGAGACAGGAACAAGUCAAAGAAGCUGGACGGCGGCCUCGAAGGCAUCAAAGUUUGGAUCAGCGAAGUGGCAUGGAGAGACUUUUACCGUCACGUACUGGUUCGAUGGCCACAUGUUUGCAUGAACAAGCCAUACAAGCCUGAUUAUGCAGACAUUGAAUGGUCCUACGACCAAGAUCACUUCAAAGCAUGGUGCGAAGGCAAGACCGGGUUCCCCAUCAUCGACGCUGCGAUGCGCCAACUCAGUCACACGGGCUACAUGCACAACCGACCGCGCAUGAUAGUGGCGUCAUUCCUCGCCAAGGACCUCCUCAUUGACUGGCGCAUGGGCGAGAAGCACUUCAUGGAGCACCUGGUCGACGGCGACUUUGCGAGCAACAACGGCGGCUGGGGCUUCAGCGCCAGCGUCGGUGUCGAUCCGCAGCCGUACUUUCGCAUCUUCAACCCGCUCCGGCAGAGCGAGCGCUUCGACCCCGACGGCGAGUACAUCCGCAGGUGGGUGCCGGAGUUGAAGGAGCUGGAUAACAAGCAGAUUCACGACCCAUACAAUCGCGGCGCGGGGGACAAGGCGAAGAAGGCCGGCUACCCGAAGCCGAUUGUCGAACACAGUGAAUGCCGGGCACGGGCUCUGGCUGCCUACAAAGCGGCCGUGGCGUAG